CCCCUCGCGACAGAGUGCGCGAACGAGAGAGGAGGAGGGCGCUCUGGGCGACAGCGCUGCAGACGCCAUUAUCCUCUGUGCCUCCGCUGCACGGACGUCGCCGUCGUGCUCGCCUCCCGCUCGCCUGCGGCCCCUCACGUUGGUGUAUCCAUUUAAUUCAAGAAAAUGGAGACCGAGCAGCCAGAAGAAACCUUCCCCAACACUGAAACCAAUGGUGAAUUUGGUAAACGCCCUGCAGAAGAUAUGGAAGAGGAGCAAGCCUUUAAAAGAUCUAGAAAUACUGAUGAGAUGGUUGAACUGCGCAUUUUGCUUCAGAGCAAGAAUGCUGGUGCAGUGAUUGGGAAAGGAGGCAAGAACAUUAAGGCUCUGCGUACAGACUACAAUGCCAGUGUUUCAGUCCCAGACAGCAGUGGCCCCGAGCGCAUACUGAGUAUCAGUGCUGAUAUUGAAACAAUUGGAGAAAUUCUGAAGAAAAUCAUCCCUACCUUGGAAGAGGGCCUGCAGUUGCCAUCACCCACUGCAACCAGCCAGCUCCCGCUCGAAUCUGAUGCUGUGGAAUGCUUAAAUUACCAACACUAUAAAGGAAGUGACUUUGACUGCGAGUUGAGACUGUUGAUUCAUCAAAGUCUGGCAGGAGGAAUUAUUGGUGUCAAAGGUGCUAAAAUUAAAGAACUUCGAGAAAACACUCAGACAACAAUCAAGCUUUUCCAGGAAUGCUGCCCUCACUCUACUGACAGAGUUGUUCUUAUUGGAGGAAAGCCUGAUAGGGUUGUAGAGUGCAUCAAGAUCAUCCUUGACCUUAUAUCUGAGUCUCCCAUCAAAGGACGUGCACAGCCUUAUGAUCCCAACUUUUAUGAUGAAACCUAUGAUUAUGGUGGUUUUACAAUGAUGUUUGAUGACCGCCGUGGACGUCCUGUGGGAUUUCCCAUGCGGGGAAGAGGUGGUUUUGACAGAAUGCCUCCUGGUCGGGGUGGGCGUCCCAUACCUCCCUCUAGAAGAGAUUAUGAUGAUAUGAGCCCUCGUCGAGGACCUCCACCACCACCUCCUGGUCGUGGUGGCCGGGGUGGCAGCAGAGCUCGGAAUCUUCCUCUUCCUCCACCACCACCUCCCAGAGGGGGAGAUCUAAUGGCUUACGACAGAAGAGGAAGGCCUGGAGACCGCUAUGAUGGCAUGGUUGGGUUCAGUGCUGAUGAAACUUGGGACUCUGCAAUUGACACAUGGAGUCCAUCAGAAUGGCAGAUGGCUUAUGAACCACAGGGUGGUUCUGGAUAUGAUUAUUCCUAUGCAGGGGGUCGUGGCUCAUAUGGUGAUCUUGGCGGACCUAUUAUUACCACACAAGUAACUAUUCCCAAAGAUUUGGCUGGAUCUAUUAUUGGCAAAGGUGGUCAGCGGAUUAAACAAAUCCGUCAUGAGUCAGGAGCAUCAAUCAAAAUUGAUGAGCCUUUGGAAGGAUCUGAAGAUCGGAUUAUUACCAUCACAGGAACACAGGACCAGAUACAGAAUGCACAGUAUUUGCUGCAGAACAGUGUGAAGCAGUAUGCAGAUGUUGAAGGAUUCUAAUGCAAGAUAUUUUUUCUUUUUUAUAGUGUGAAGCAGUAUUCUGGAAAGUUUUUCUAAGACUAGUGAAGAACUGAAGGAGUCCUGCAUCUUUUUUUUUAUCUGCUUCUGUUUAAAAAGCCAACAUUCCUCUGCUUCAUAGGUGUUCUGCAUUUGAGGUGUAGUGUUGACAAGAUGUAUAAUGUUUUAGUUACUUACAGGGUUGGGGGGAGGGCAUGCAAAAACAAACAUUAAAAAUUUGAAACCGCAGCAGAGUGAGUGAAUUUAAUUUUUCUUUAUUGUUGGUGGUUUUAAAAAAUUUCCCCCCGUGUAAUUAUUGUGAACACCUUGCUUUGUGGUCACUGUAACAUUGGGGGGGGGACGGGGAGGAAAGUAAUAGUCCACGUGUCCCCGGCAUUUGUUCAGAGCAGUGUGCAGAAUGUAAUGCUCUUUUGUAAGAAACGUUUUAUGAUUUUUAAAAUAAAUUUAGUGAAUCUAU